AUGCAUCCUCAUUUGGCAGGGUCAUCGUGUGGGGAAGGCGUGCUCAGCGUGCUUGCUCUCAGUGACGGCCUUGCCGCAGGCAACAGGCUUGCUCCCACCAUGUUCAGGUUUUGCCUCCCGCUUUGUCCGGAUUACCUAUUGCAGGCGUUCCGCCUCAUAGCGUGUCUUUACGUGGACGAUAUCGCGCUGCGAGCCGUGGCUUGGGAGGCGCAGGCGUUAUCCAUGCUGCCUCUGGCCAUGCGGCUUUUCUUUUGGAUCGUGGAGUCCUUCCUGGGCCCCGAGGUGCCCCGCAGCAGGGUCGGAGUCCAUGGCAAAUACAAAUAA